AUGGAAAUUUUUCAAAGUUUUUUUAUAAAAAAAUAUUUCCGGACAUUGUUUCACUCUCUGUCCGGAAAGACAGCGUGUUAUGUUCUUCAUUCACGUCUCUAUCUAUGCUGGAUCGUUCUCUACAUCCACUGGGCUGUUCUUUUCGUUGUCCAGGCUCCUCUCAUCGGAAUCAUGGGCACCUUGACAGAGAAUUUCGACGCCAGAUUGUUUAUUGCGGCCCAAGAAAGGUGGGUUUUGAUCAGGGUCUUGUUUUUCUUGGGUCUUCAUGAAGUGAUGAUGGUGUGGUUCAGACUGGUCGUGAAGCCCGUGGUUGACGACACGAUACCGGGGGUUUAUACGGAGAAGCGGUUGUCGGAGAGGGGCGUGGUGGCGGUGACGUUUGGGAUGAUGUGGUGGUGGAGGCCGAUGGAGGAAGCGGAGGGUUUGGCGGUGGUGGCAGAGCCUAAACAUAAGCUUCUGAUUGGUUUGGAGGCUUUGGAUUAUGGGAAUUGGUUGAUCUAUUACACCUGUGCUGUGCCUGUGAUUGGGAUACUUAGGGUUUUGAGAAGGUUAUUGUGA